AUGCCGUUCCCAAUGACAGCAACUGUUUCUCAAGGCACCUCUUCACCUGUAACUCCUGCCACCAGCAAUGCCAUCGACAGUCUUCGGCCCUCGUUGCCACGCCGCUCCUCUUCUCUGCAUAAACAAGUCAUAGCAAAACUCCGUCCCCUGCCAUUCCAGUACCGCUGGUCGGUUUGGCACUCCAAAUCUCACCUCCAGCCUACCAACCAACAGUCACCCGAUGCAUAUCGAUUGACCAUGUUGGUUGAUUCGGUGGCCGACAUUGGCACCUUCUACCGCAUUUUCAACAACCUGCCCUGGUCGCAGAUCAAGCAAAAAGACAGCAUUCAUAUUUUUCGCUCCGGAGUCCAGCCGUUGUGGGAAGACGAGGAGAAUCGCAGAGGCGGGCGCUGGCUGCUUCGGGUUCGCCCAGAAGCGGGAAAAGAUGUCAGGUGUUGGGAGGAGAUAUGUUUGCUGUGCUGUGGUGGAGAAUUGCAGGCCGCCAUUGCCCGAGGUAUGUCUAAAUCCCAACUUGAUCGUUUCAUCUCUUAG